CAAUAUAUUCUGUGUCAGCUCUGUCCAGAACAGGCUCCGGAUAUUAAAGUUAUGGAAGAUCACUUUCUGAGGACACAUGUGAAUAAAGAAAAGCGAAACUGUGAAGCUUGCCCUUCCGAGGAUCAACAAGAUCUGAUUCAACAUAUGAGGAGGCAUACGAAUAGGAUUUAUGCAUGUGAGUAUUGCGGCAAGCGAGGGCGACGAAACUAUCUCAAGGCUCAUCUGAGAACUCAUACUGGUGAAAAACCUUUCACUUGUGAAACGUGCGAGAGAAGUUUCGCCGACGGAAGUACAUUGCGUCGCCACCGGUUGGUCCACUCUGGAGAGAAGAAGCACAGUUGUCCAAUCUGUGGACGAGGUAUCGCUCGCAAAGACAAUGUCAAGUCGCAUAUUCGAAGUCAUGGAGUUCACUGUUAA